AUGCUGUGGUCUUCAUUGAUAGCCUUGGUGCUGGUGGCUCGAAAUGCUGAGGCGAUACAUACGCUCAGAUUUGCGUGUUCACAACUGGUUACCGAGAGGCUUGAUCCGUGAGUAUCUCUGGCCUGAAGUCUUGGGACAUUCAUUGAGUUGCGGAAUUUAGUCUGGUUAACCCAGGGAAGAAUCCAAGUCCUCAUAUGCAUCAGGUAUUUGGUAUCACCGCCGUAAGUUUGACAAGUGCUAAUUGAAGCAAUACAGAUUGUAGGAGGGGUAUGUGGAACUCUAGAAGCCUCGAGGUCACGAAAUAUAUCAAUCUAACAAUUAUAGAAUGCCUUUAACACCACAAUGGAUCCUUCAAAUGAUAUAGGCGAGACGGCCACUUGCACAACCUGCACCUUUUCGGAAGAUUUCUCGAAUUAUUGGACUGCGGUCUUGUAUUUCCGUGCUCGAAACGGGACAUUCAAACGUGUCCCUCAGAUUGCAAAUCAGAAUCUUGCCCAAGCAGAAGGUGGCAUGACGGUUUACUACAUUAGCCCAGAUAACACUACUUCGCCAAUUACUGCUUUCAGACCCGUGGGUUGCUUGUCACCCCCGAAUAUGGAAACACUUACUCAAAGACCAAUAUAGGGGUUCCGUAUGCUCGCUGGCACAGCGGAGAAUCGUAAGCCAGAAUCUGGUUUUGUGAACCUUUACAGGUGUUACGACAGUUAUGAUGAGAAUAUGUUUUUCAAGCCGAAUCCUAUGGGUAUCGCCGCUACGGAUACUACUGAGCUGCCCAAGUCCUUUUGUGGCGGUGGUAUCCGGGUAAAUACAUUUUUCCCAACGUAAGUUAGCAGUCAAGACUUUUAUUCAUACACUCUUGCUGAUAGCCAUUCAAAAUAGUUGCUGGAACGGAGUCGACCUAGACACCCCAGAUCAUAAAAGCCAUGUCGCCUACCCAGACCGUGGCGCACCAUGUCCAGCAACCCACCCUGUUGAGAUUCCCCAAGUAUUCAUCGAAACCAUCUGGGAUACCGAGAAGUUCGACAAGUCUCUUUGGCCAGAAGACGGCAGUCAACCUUUUGUGUUCAGUCAAGGAGACCCCACAGGAUACGGGCACCACGCCGAUUAUGUGUUCGGUUGGAAGGGCGAUGGAUUGCAGAAGGCUAUGGAUGCUAGAUGUGAUGUUUAUGAUGCUAGUCCCGAACCUCUUAUUUUCCCACCUGAGGGGUGUCCCCAUUUGAAAACGCAGAGCCAGAAAGUGGCGAAUCAGUGUAGUCAGAGACAAGUUGCUGUUGAGCCGCUUGACGAAUGUGAGUUCUUUUAUGUUAAGUGUUUUUACGUGGGAGUUAUGCUGAUGCAGGAUUUUAGGGCUUGAUGCGUUGCCUGGAAACAUGCCAAUUACUUAUUCUUAA